AUGAAGACCGCGGCGCUGCAGGCCGCUCUCGGCUCGGCCUUGAUAUUGCUGUCUUCGCCUCUGUGCCUGGCUGACAAGCAUGGUCACCGUCUGGCUCACUCGCAUUACCGCGCAAGGCAUACCCACCAUCACAGCCAGAGGCACGAGCACCAGCUGGAGGACAUUGUUGUUUCCGAUGAGAAGGUAGCAGAGAAGCGAGGCGUCCAGUGCUCGCUGCCCGACCACCCGGACCUGGUUCCCAUCACGCCCAAUGCGAAGAACAAGGGAUUCGCCAUGGCGCCCGACGUGGCUUGCACCUCUGGGAUGUACUGUCCCAUCGCCUGCAAGUCGGGCAAGGUCAUGGCGCAGUGGGAGCCCAACUCGAAAUACGUCUAUCCGCAGUCGAUGAACGGUGGCUUGUACUGUGACGCAAGCGGCAAGGCUGUCAAGCCUUUUCCCGACAAGCCGUACUGUGUCGACGGCACCGGCGCCGUCAAGGCUGUCAACAAGUGCGGCAAAGUCGUAUCUUUCUGUCAAACCACUCUUCCCGGCGAUGAGGCCAUGGUCAUCCCCACCGACGUCGAUGAUGUUGCGACUCUGGCUGUACCGGAUCCCAGCUACUGGGAUGGCACCUCGGCACAUUUCUACAUCAACGCCCCUGGUGUUUCGUCCUCGACGGGUUGCGUAUGGGGCACGGCUUCCCAGCCUGUUGGCAACUGGGCUGCUUACGUCGCUGGCGCCAACACCGACAGCAACGGACAGACAUUUGUCAAGCUAGGCUACAAUCCCGUCUAUCAGGACUCGGCUCUCUCCAGCCAGAAGCCCACCUACGGAUUGAGGAUCGAGUGCGCGGAUGGUGCAGGCUGCAAUGGGCUACCAUGCGAGAUCAACCCCAGCAAGAGUUCCGGCUUCGGCGUUAUCAGCUCCCUCGCCGCAACUGGCGCCGGAGGUUCUGACUUCUGCGUGGUGACCGUUCCCAAGGGUGCCACCGCUCAGAUCGUCGCCUUCAACCUGGAUGGCUCUACCGGCUCCACCUCGAAGUCAUCCUCGUCUUCCUCCUCUUCGUCGUCAUCGUCGUCAUCAUCACCGCCGCCGCCGCCGCCGUCCACAACAUCCACUAGCUCAUCCAUUAAGCCAACCACUUCGUCUACUUCGAGCUCGUCGUCCUCCUCGUCGUCCAGCACAAGCAGCUCGGCUUUUCCCACCGUGAGCCCUGGUAUCUUCCACGAGAACGGGACAACGGCUACAAAUACGACAAGCACUGCUGCCGGUACGAUCUCGUACACGCUGCCAUCUUCUACCGGGCAGUUCUCUAACCCCGCGGAGCCGACUCCCUCAAAGAAGAGCGACGCCAUCAACCCUGAUCACGGCGGCUCAGCCAUCGUCGGUCUCAUCGUGGCACUUGUUGCCACUGCAUGGCUCUACUAG